AUGAAAUCACAAAAAACAUCUAUCACAACUGACUUAAAGAAGAGUAUUAUUAACUUUUAUUAUAAUUGCAUUAAUCAAAAAAUAGUAGUUACUCCUUCAUUAAUAGAAUGUUUCAUUGAAGAAAAUUUUAAAAAAAUAAUUAAAAUUGAUACAAAUAUAAUACAACAAUUACAAAUGAAGUUUAUAUCAAUAAAAUUAAAUCAACCAAUAAAAGAUUCUAAAUUAAAAAUAAAAAUAAAUCAAUUAAAAAAUGAAAUUGAUCAUGAAAUGAAAAUUUAUGGAAAAGAAUUAACAUUUUUUAUUGAUGAAGUUGGAAUUCAAAUUCAAUUGUAUCAAAGAUCAAUUAAUUCAUUAUUAAAAAAUAAUGAAAAACAAUCACUUAAUUUAAUACUUGAUAGAAGAAAUAAAGUUUCAUGUAAUGUGCUAUGUGUUAAUGGAAUGGGAGAAUAUAUUACUUCUUUUAAUCAAACAGAAAGACUUAAAACAAAAAAUUAUUUUACUAAUAAAGAAUUUAAAACAUGGUUUAUAGAAAAUUUAAUGAUUCAUAUAGAAAGAAGAAAACAAUUAUUAAAUAGCACAGACAAAGAAAUACUUAUUAUUACAAUUAAAUUUUAUUUUUUAGAUGAAGAAAUGAUGAAUGACUGUAAUAAAGCUACAAUAAAAAUUAAUCAAUCAAUUAAAGAAUUAGAACAAAUAAAUAACAAAACAAAUGAAAGUAUUGAUAUAAAUGUUUAUAAUAUUUUGAACCAUAUUAAAUUAAUAUCUCAAACAAAAGUUCAAAAUAAUAAAUCUGUUCAAAUAGAAAAAGAACAACAAGAUCUUAUAUACUCUCAGAAAAAGAAUAUGGUUUAUUAUAUGUUACUUAACAAGUUAUCAAAAAUAAAUAAUCAAAAGAAAUCAAUAACGUUAAAUACAUUAACAUUUGAAUUAAAUGAACAAUAUACUAUUCAAAUAAAUAAACAAAAUCUUCUUUCAUUAUUGAAUAAAUUUGGAUUUAAACAACAAAAAACUAUUAAAUUACCACUUAAAAUGGAAUUGAAUAAAGAAAAAAUAAUUAAAAUGGUACAAAGAUUACAUAAAUAUAAUAGUAUUGAUGCAUCAUGGAUAUUUACAUUUGACACUUAUGAUUUUAGACUUUUUGUUGGUAAUCAAGAAGAAAGUAUUAUUCACAAAGAUACUGAUAAAAAUAUAGAACUGUAUGUUGGAAGAGAAACAAGAAACUCUACAAUUGCACUUUGUGUUUCAGGGAGUGGUUAUUGUUUUCCUCCUUUAUGUUGUACUCAAACAGAACAAAUGAGUAAAGAAUUAGAAAAACAAUUCCAUGGAGUUCAUCAGGAAAUAGGAAGUAAUUUUAUAACAAAAAGUUCAAUAGUUAAUUAUUUAAAAAAUGUCUUCGUUCCAACUGUUCAACAACUUAAAGAAUAUAAAAAAUAUAAAGGUCCUUCAAUAUUAAUUCUUCCUCACUUCUUUAAAAAAAUAAUUCAAGACCAAAUUCUAUUUAGUUUAUUUAAUGAAAAAGAAAUUUUUAUUGAAUUUAUUAAUGAUCAUUUAUGGUAUUAUACUCCUUUAGAAAGAAUUUUUAGAAAUAUAACAAAUGAUAUUAUUAUAAAAGAUAUAAAUCUGUGUAAAACAGAGAUAAGAACAACUGUUUUAGGAAAGAAAAAACUAUUAUUAUAUGUAAUAGAUAGAUUAUAUAAUAGAGAUAUUAUUUCUAGAGAAUUCUUCAAUUCUAGAUUUAUUUAUGGGUUCAAUUAUCUUUCUAUUGAAAAUGUAGAGUUAGAACUUUCAUAUAUUCUUAAUCAAAAUAGUACUACAAUUAAAAUAAAUUUACCAACAAAUACUACAGAUGAUACACUAAUGAAUUGUUUUUCAUUAAGUGCAAUUAAUCCAUUUUAUCAAGACGUUUUUCGACUUACUUUAGAAAGCAAUGAAUUUCAAAAAUGUCAAACAAAAAAACUCCAAAAUGAAUUCCUUAUUCAUAAAUUUGGAAUGGAAAUUAUUCCAAGUAUCAAUUAUUUAAUUCCUCAUAAAGUUGAUGUUUCUGAACCACAGAAACGACUCCUCAGUAAAUGA